AUGACAGGAGAGUCGCCGGGACCGGAGUGGACAAUGGCCAGCGGAGCGUGCCGGGACAACGCGGAGGAGGAGCAAGGCUCGAAGCCAAUGAGUCGCAGUGCUAUGCUUGAGCUUGUGCGUGAGAUCCACAAGCUGCCGGAGGAUGAGCUGGGCGCUGUUGUUCAGAUUGUCCAGUCCGGAGAGCAGCUCCCGCAAAGCAGUGCUGAUAAGGUGGAAAUUCAUAUGGAAAGCCUGAAGCCGACAACAUUGCACGCAUUGAAAGCGUUUGUUGCAUCGUGCCGGAAGAAGGGAGCUCAGACGCCUGGCACGGGGGACGAUGAGGACAUGGAGGAUGACGAGUCUGGGAGUGAACUGGACGAAACGUCCGAUUCGGAGCCGUCGUUUUUUGAUGAAGAGGAUGACUUGAUGUCUGAUUCUUCAGCUUUUGAUUUGCCGGACAUUGUUUAG